AUGAGGGACGUUGGUCGUACAGAAACAGAGAAAAUAGAUGAGGAGAAGGAGAAGCAGGAGGAGGAGCAGGAGAAAGAGGAAGAGGAGAAUAAUGUUAGACUCGCUGAACGUUCCCAUCCUGUUUGUUACCCAGAAGCAAUUGAUCAGUUCCUUUAUCGACCACCUGGAACGUUUCCUGUGCAAAUCGUGGAAUACUACGAAGGUGAUUGUGUUUUACAUUGUGGUUGA